AUGCCAGAUUAUUUGGGAGGCGAUCAAAGGAAAAUCAAAGAUGUCAAAGAAGAGGAGGAUAAACCUAUCAGAUGUAUGUGAUGAGAACCACUGUUUAUUAGCUAACGUUAGCUAGCUAGGUCAGUACGACAGUUAGCCAGCUAGGAUGGCUAAUUUAAGUCAUGCACUGUGAAUAAUUUAACAAAGCUAGCUAGUUAAUAACAAUAUGAGCUAGAUAGGUACUUAACAAAAAUCAAACAAGCCAAGGUGUUACGUGAUCAUUACGAGUAGCUUAAUAUAAUUAGUUAGCUAGCUCUAUAGCUAGUUAUCUAGCCAGGGCUAACGUUAGCUAGCCCUGGCUAAUGAACAAUUUGCAAUUGUUUUAGUUUUGGAAACAUGUCACAGUGGGCUCUUUAAAUUGUGAUCAAUUAUGCCUGGAAGUAAAGACAAGCUGUUAUAAUAAUCAAAUUUGCCGAUUUAAUAGCUAUGAAUUGGUUGUUCGUGAAUGUUAUGUAAAUUCAAAUUGAAAUGUGUUUUUGCUCUCCAGCUUUGGAUGAAGGAGACAUUGCCUUAUUGAAAACUUAUGUAAGUAUCAGCUAGGCUAUACCUGUACAUGAAUUGAUUGCUAUUUUAAAUCGUGUAGGCCUAGCGGUAAUCAUAAUGACCCCUGUGAUGAGAAAAUGUUGUCUGAUGGUGUAGGGCAGGCCUAUUCAUUCCCAGUUAUUACCUAUUGAUUAAAGGUUGAUUAUCACUGAUUGAAAUGACAUUAUCUGCUAUAACAACUACAUAGCCUACAUUCACUGAAAAAUAUGCAAUUCUUUGUGACUGACAUCUUUGUAUUGCUGGUUAUGUACAGGGCCAGAGCACCUACUCCAGACAGAUUAAGCAAGUGGAAGAUGACAUCCAAAACCUGCUCAAGAAGAUCAAUGAACUAACCGGUAGGUUGAAAUGUGAUUAUAUGUGACAUCCAUGUGCAUUAUAGCUCAUUAAACAUUUACUGUAUAUUGAAUAGGGAUUACAUUGAUUAUUCUACCCUCCCAUAAUGCUUGAAAUAUUUAGAAUGUGACAGUUUUCAUAGUGAUAUCAGAACACAUCUGUUGUUUGUUGCUUUCAAGUCUGACAGAUAGCUGAGGUUAGUACACAUACGCUAUCUAACAUUGCAGGCAUUAAGGAAUCGGACACUGGCCUGGCUCCUCCUGCACUAUGGGAUCUGGCUGCAGACAAACAGACUCUGCAGAGCGAGCAGCCUCUGCAGGUGGCAAGGUAUGGCGCACUUAUCUCACCGGAUUCAUUUUCAAUAGAUUUCACUGUCUUUGAAAACAAUGGAUCUUUUUAAUUAGGUUUUGUUUUCUAGUUUGAGCAAACACCCACAUGCUUGUUGUAUUUUGUUGUGGCAGAUGCACAAAGAUCAUCAACGCUGACUCUGAAGACCCAAAGUACAUAAUCAAUGUGAAGCAGUUUGCCAAGUUUGUGGUGGACCUGAGUGACCAGGUGGCCCCCACUGACAUAGAGGAGGGUAUGAGAGUCGGGUAAGGAUGAGGGCGAUAUCUCUUACUCCAAUAAGAACCACGUGUGCUGAUGUCCAAAAUUGCGUUGGUACAGUAUAUUGUUGGAUACUUAAGUCUCCCGUGUUUCUUUCAGUGUGGAUAGAAACAAGUACCAGAUCCACAUUCCUCUGCCUCCCAAGAUUGACCCCACUGUCACUAUGAUGCAGGUAAGUGUAACACAACAGCUUGAUUUCAGUUCAAGAUCUGUCCUCCUCCCGCCCCGUGUAGCUCAGUUGGUAGAGCAUGGCGCUUGCAACGCCAGGGUUGUGGGUUCGUUUCCCACGGGGGGCCAGUAUGAAAAAUGUACAGUGAGGGGAAAAAAGUAUUUGAUCCCCUGCUGAUUUUGUACGUUUGCCCACUGACAAAGACAUGAUCAGUCUAUAAUUUUAAUGGUAGGUUUAUUUGAACAGUGAGAGACAGAAUAACAACAAAAAAAUCCAGAAAAACGCAUGUCAAAAAUGUUAUAAAUUGAUUUGCAUUUUAAUGAGGGAAAUAAGUAUUUGACCCCUCUGCAAAACAUGACUUAGUACUUGGUGGCAAAACCCUUGUUGGCAAUCAGAGGUCAGACGUUUCUUGUAGUUGGCCACCAGGUUUGCAGGGAUUUUUUCCCACUCCUCUUUGCAGAUCUUCUCCAAGUCAUUAAGGUUUUGAGGCUGACGUUUGGCAACUCGAACCUUCAGCUCCCGCCACAUAUUUUCUAUGAGAUUAAGGUCUGGAGACUGGCUAGGCCACUCCAGGACCUUAAUGUGCUUCUUCUUGAGCCACUCCUUUGUUGCCUUGGCCGUGUGUUUUGGGUCAUUGUCAUGCUGGAAUACCCAUCCACGACCCAUUUUCCAUGCCCUGGCUGAGGGAAGGAGGUUCUCACCCAAAAUGUGACAGUACAUUGCCCCGUCCAUCGUCCCUUUGAUGCGGUGAAGUUGUCCUGUCCCAUUAGCAGAAAAACACCCCCAAAGCAUAAUGUUUCCACCUCCAUGUUUGACGGUGGGGAUGGUGUUCUUGGGGUCAUAGGCAGCAUUCCUCCUCCUCCAAACACGGCGAGUUGAUGCCAAAGAGCUCGAUUUUGGUCUCAUCUGACCACAACACUUUCACCCAGUUCUCCUCUGAAUCAUUUAGAUGUUCAUUGGCAAACUUCAGACGGGCCUGUAUAUGUGCUUUCUUGAGCAGGGGGACCUUGUGGGCGCUGCAGGAUUUCAGUCCUUCACGGCGUAGUGUGUUACCAAUUGUUUUCUUGGUGACUAUGGUCCCAGCUGCCUUGAGAUCAUUGACAAGAUCCUCCUGUGUAGUUCUGGGCUGAUUCCUCACCGUUCUCAUGAUCAUUGCAACUCCACAAGGUGAGAUCUUGCAUGGAGCCCCAGGCCGAGGGAGAUUGACAGUUAUUUUGUGUUUCUUCCAUUUGUGAAUAAUCGCACCAACUGUUGUCACCUUCUCACCAAGCUGCUUGGCGAUGGUCUUGUAGCCCAUUCCAGCCUUGUGUAGGUCUACAAUCUUGUCCCUGACAUCCUUGGCGAGCUCUUUGGUCUUGGCCAUGGUGGAGAGUUUGGAAUCUGAUUGAUUGAUUGCUUCUGUGGACAGGUGUCUUUUAUACAGGUAACAAGCUGCGAUUAGGAGCACUCCCUUUAAGAGUGUGCUCCUAAUCUCAGCUCGUUACCUGUAUAAAAGACACCUGGGAGCCAGAAAUCUUUCUGAUUGAGAGGGGGUCAUACUUAUUUCCCUCAUUAAAAUGCAAAUCAAUUUAUAACAUUUUUGACAUGCGUUUUUCUGGAUGUUUUUGUUGUUAUUCUGUGUCUCACUGUUCAAAUAAACCUACCAUUAAAAUUAUAGACUGAUCAUUUCUUUGUCAGUGGGCAAACGUACAAAAUCAGCAGGGGAUCAAAUACUUUUUUCCCCUCACUGUAUGCACUCACUAACUGUAAGUCGCUCUGGAUAAGAGCGUCUGCUAAAUGACUAAAAUGUAAAUUAAAAUGUUUCCUACCCUUCAUCUGCACCAAUUGGAAAAAGUACUUGACAGGUGAAAACAAUAUGGUGGAAGCUCAUCCUUAGGUUGGCUUUCACCUGGUCACUGCUUUCAGAUCAGUGCAAUGAAAGCCAACAUCUGUUUUGAGAAAUGGGUUUGAUUCAUUAGGGCACACAGUAGGAAAACGUUUUGCAACAAAGUUUUUUCUAAUUAUACAAGUUCUGGGGUGUAAUCAUUAGCCCAAAACUUUUUUGCAACGGAAACUGUUACUCAGUUUGGUUCUUAGUGAAGACACCUCAAGUAGUGCCUCCCUGUUUGUCAGUUUUCUUCUGCUUGGUGCCUAAUGUUUAUGACCAUGGCCUGAAAUAAGGAUGCUUGUCAACGUAUUGUAGCUACCUGAACUCCCUGUCUCUGUCCACCAGGUGGAGGAGAAGCCUGAUGUGACCUACAGUGACGUGGGUGGAUGUAAAGAGCAGAUUGAGAAGCUCAGGGAGGUGGUGGAGACCCCACUGCUCCACGUAAGUGUUCCAUUAAAUUGUCAUUCAGAAUCACUCUACCCAAUAUCACAAAAUAUGUAUAAACUAUACAUUCGUGACAUUUAAAUCAGAAAGUUUCAACAAAUAAGGCAAUAAAAACAUAGGUGAGUGUCCUCAGACUUCCUGCAUUUGUGGCAGGGUUAUUAGACAUCUUGUACACGUAAAACAUAUUGCAUACUUUGUACCUUUGCUGAUGUCUCCUCUCAUUCUCCGUUCUGCUUUCAGCCCGAGAGGUUUGUCAACCUGGGUAUUGAACCCCCCAAGGGGGUGCUGCUGUUCGGCCCGCCCGGCACAGGUAAAACCCUGUGUGCCAGAGCCGUGGCCAACCGGACCGAUGCCUGCUUCAUCAGGGUCAUCGGCUCAGAGCUGGUCCAGAAAUACGUUGGAGAGGUGAGUCACAAUGAUGUAGGGUGAAGUUGCCCCUAGACACUGAUCUUGGGUCAGUUUAGAAUUUCCCCCAAUAAUGGUUAGGGUUGGAGGAGGGGAAGCUGAUCCUAGAUCUGUACAUAGGCGAAACUUCAACCCGGAGCGAGUCGCAAUCAAGUUGUAUUGAAUUGAUUUGAGAACUCAGGAUGAUGGAGAAUAAACCCAAGAAUGUGGUCCUGAAUCUGUAUGAGCUUACCUUGCUCUCUCUGCUUUGUCUCUAUUCCUCAGGGUGCCAGAAUGGUGCGGGAGCUUUUCGAGAUGGCCAGGACCAAGAAGGCGUGCCUCAUCUUCUUCGAUGAAAUUGACGCUAUUGGGGGUCAGCACUAAAACAAUAAAACUUGUUUAAACCGAUUUAAAUGCAAGAAGACUCUGUAAAAUAACACAGAUCUAUGCAUUUCACAAGAAGUGGUAGUAAGUAGCCUUGUCCGAGCCAGAACAGUCCAUAGGGCAGGAAGCAGCUUGAUGUUCAAGUGCACCCCUGGACAGGAUGCUCGUCUUGUCACCAGAAAUAGUAGCCCUGUCUGUUUUUGAGCCUCGCCUUACAUGUGGGUUGCGUCUUGUCCUGUAGGGGCCCGUUUUGACGACGGAGCCGGUGGGGACAAUGAGGUCCAGAGAACCAUGCUGGAGCUUAUCAACCAGCUGGACGGCUUCGACCCCAGGGGGAACAUAAAGGUCCUGAUGGCCACCAACCGGCCCGACACCCUGGACCCUGCCCUCAUGAGGCCCGGGCGACUGGACAGGAAGAUUGAGUUCAGCCUGCCAGACCUGGAGGUGAGUACCAUGCCUGAUUAGAACGGGCCGAACUCUGACUCCUCUCUGACUCUAGUCCCUUAAUGGCACCCUAUUCCCUUUGGACCUUGGUCAAAAGUAGUGCACUAUAUUAGGGAAUAGUGUGCCACUUGGAACGUAGCCUCUGACUCUUCUCGGAUUUGCUGAAUAUGCAGAGUAGAUUAGAAAAUCAAAAAGCUGGUAAUAAAUGUAAAGAUGAAUGAGUAGCGAAUUAAGUUAGCUUCCGACAAUAACUCCUACUGAAUAAAUAGUAAACGAGAUUGAUAUGAGAUUCGAUUGAGAUUUACUCCUCAAUAUGAAUAUAGAGUUGCGCUGGCAGUGUGGUAAAGGACGAGGUGUUGUGUUUCAGGGUCGUACUCACAUCUUCAAGAUCCACGCCCGCUCCAUGAGCGUAGAGCGAGACAUCCGCUUCGAGCUGCUGGCUCGUCUCUGUCCCAACAGCACAGGUAAGAUGACCUGACACCAUGUUGUUCAGUAUCCAUGUUGUUUCCGGUGAUGCGACACAAGGGGGCGCCACUGCAUUGUUUUUAGUAUUUGACUUCAUGUAAGAGGUAGGUUGUGUUCCAAUUACCCUUCACUGCAGCCCAAUGAUGGGCUCCAACCAUGUUGCCCACACGCUGUCAAGCCUCUUCAUAUCAGCGUGGAUUAAUUGCUCAUCUUACACACAUAAUGAGUACAUAUUUGGGAUGCAAGGUGAUUCUGCACAGUCCGACUGCAAUGUAAUAAAUCUCAAACACGCACACCGUUUUGUCCUAUCAGGUGCUGAGAUUCGCAGCGUGUGCACGGAGGCGGGCAUGUUCGCCAUCCGCGCCCGCCGGAAGAUUGCCACAGAGAAGGACUUCCUGGAGGCGGUCAACAAGGUCAUCAAGUCCUACGCCAAGUUCAGCGCCACCCCGAGAUACAUGACCUACAACUAA